UUACUUUUGCAAGGCGGAGCAGAUAAGCCCUGUGAAAUAGACAGCUUGCGAACUCAGAUUCAUCUCAAGGUCAGGGCCAAGCUGCAAGGAGAUACCCAAGAAAACACACACCUAGAAUCUACUACUCGAAGCUUGGAUCUACAGCUUGACGAUUGGAUACAGAUAUACUUCCAAAAGAUAAAGCUCAUACAGACAUCCUCUUCCGUUUCGCAGCAAUUGGACAAGGCUGUCAAAGCACGCAAUGACGCCGGUUUUGACUUCAAAAAAUUGCAUCUCAUACACCUCCUUCAAGAUGCUAUCCAACAUUUUACUAUCAAUCAAGACCUUAAUUACAAUUUCUGUUAUGCCUCCCGGAGGCACAACCCUGUACCAAUUACCAUCAAAGAACAUAUAUCCAAGUUCCUUGUUACAAGCCAAGCUUUGAAAGAUACGCAACCUAACGUGUACCUUGAUCAGGCUCUGAUCAUAGCACGCCGGCUGCUCGAAAUGCACAACACACCAUCCGCCCGCACUCAUAUCAAGCUGCUUCAACGUUUCAAGGCUGUCUGGCAAGCAUUUUAUCACAGCUCUAGCUGCUAUGUGUGCUUCUCACAGACGGCAGAUCGAGGCCUUACCUGUGGCCAUAGGUUGUGUAAUCCAUGCGUCAUCCUAAGCGGCUCUGCCGGCUCGUCAAACCCAUGCGGAUAUCAUGUUAAAGAAUGUCCUCUAUGUAAGGAGCCAAACAAAAACUUAACCCCUAUAAGACCACCCACUGCGGGAAACAGGGUGCUUAAACUUUCAGGGCGACGCAAACCCGGCCUUAUAAAAUUCUUUGAAGACAUGCGCCAAAGGACUGCAUAUAUGGCUUAUCACUUUAAACCUCACGAGUUUUUUGACAUUGUCAUUGGCAUCGACACUGUAUCCUGCCCUAUAUACGCCUGUAACGGAAAUAUAGAUAAGGUGCUGCCUUAUUUAAGCACAAAGAAAAGUAGCUCAGAUCUUAUUGUCGAGUAUGACGAAAGCACAAGUCCCCACUUCCUCCAGCCAACAGCAAGUCGUAUGCUCGCAUGCUUAUUUUACGUCGAGCUUGCAUCGAGUCCCGAUCUCUGCCCAGAUUCAAUUUCAGUACAUUUGCGUAUACGGUGCCGAGUACCGCCUGGACCGUCUCUCAUUGCACUGUUGCGGCUGCCGUUGCAAAACGCGCAGCUUCAUUAUUGGGCGGAGACGAAAGAGACCCUCACGUCGCUCUAUAAUAAGAAUGGAGAACAGUGCAAAGAGCCUCUUGCAGUCUCUAAGUCAGUGACACAAUACCAAGAAGGCUUUAUGAAGAACGUAACUAUUAAAGUUGAAUCAUUGGCCUCGGUCCUAUAUAUUGGGAUAAGCACAGCUACUGGAUUGGAAAUGAUUAGCAGAUGCCCUUACAGUCUCGAGAAGCUCAUGCAGGAUCAGGGUUUCUAUUCUGUUUUCGGAAGGAAGGAUCAUGCAAUAUACAGUUUCUGA